CUUCAACAUUCCCCACAAAGAGGAGGUCAAACACCAACCUAUAGAUCAGUGUGGUUUCUUCACUAUCACCCAAAAAGAAACGUUACCAAUUUCUGCCCCAAAGAUGUCUACCUUCUCAGCUUCAUAUGGGCAUCAACUCUCGAGCACCAGCUAUAGCUCCUACAACUGGUUGCCAGACCACAAAGGUACGACCGGAGAUUUCUCGAAAUUGGCAUCAAAUGCGUCUGUUUAUGCCACUCGAGCAGAAGAUCAAAGAGUUUCUUCUCAACCCAGUUACUUUGACUGUAAUCCACAAUUGGCUGGGAACAUCUUAGAAAAUUACGGACUGGAGAAAGCGGACCUGGACGAACUUCUGAAUUACUCUGAAGAGCAAACUACUGCCGAGAACUUGCCCUACCUCUUACAAAGCAUUCGCAUGAAAAAGGCCACAAGGACUGCACCUGGAGUUCAGUCCAACUGCGACUCUAUGGCUCGACCCACUGUAAGCACAACAGGUGUAAAUGCAGCUAGUUUUGGAAAGCCAGGAAUAUUGCAGGACAAAAUGUCUUCGUCUACUCUUCUUCAUCCAGUGAAAAUGAUUAAAAAUGAGCAAGCUGCUGCUGGUUAUGCAGAGGUAGAUGUUGCGAUUGGUAGGAACAUUCAGAGGAACUCUUUGUUGAUGGAUAAUUUUCAAACCAGCAGAACAGAGGAGCCAUUCACAACUAAAAUAAAAACUGGUGAUUUGGGUUCUUCAGGUGACCAGAAAGGGUCUCUUGUUGCUGUGCCGCCUCCAAGAAUCAAUCAGACUAGACUGCUUCAAACUCAACCAAACCAGGCGAGUGGAUUGACCCGAUCCAUUGGUUUUGGACAAACGGCAACGCCCAACGAUAAGCCAGAAAUGACUAUUAAACCAGUUAAACUGUUUGACUGUGCAUAUACUGGAAAAUCUAUUACAGAUGUUGAGAAUAUGCCUGUCAAGAACAUUCACAAUGCAGCAUGGGUUGGUGGAACGGACGGCAAACAAGCACCACAGCUAAGCUUUGCAGAGUUAAAGAACAGCAGUUUGGUUUCUUCUUAUGACCAGAAAGUAUCUGCUGCCGGUUUCAACCAACUGAAUGUUGUGGCCUUUCCAAAGAGGAAUGCAGCUGGAAAACUGGAGACCCAACAAAACCAUACGCCACAGUCGGUUCCCCAACAUGAAACCAGAGAUGCUAUACCCAGUGGUGAAAGUAAAAUUCAAGGGCAAGGAUCAAAUAUUGCAGACUCGACGAUGAAUCUGCAAAUACUACAGAAAACCAAUAUUCAGAAAAUUUUGCAGAUUCUGAAGGAUUUGCAGCCUGAUGUGUCUUCUGCCACAAAACCAGAUUCUCAAUCAUAUUUCAUUCCCAAAACGCCACAUGUCUCGGAUGCCGUUCCACCUUCAACAGUUGUAUCCAAGAACCCUGCAUCUAGCAUUUCUCAGUCUCAGCCAGUCAUUAAAACAAAUGACACUGCUCAUGUGCCAUCUUCUAAGCCUCCACCUCCAGCCAAGGCUGGGUCCUCUAAGGAUCUGCUGUCCCUUGGUGUGAGGCGUGAUUAUGCAGCAUUUAUGCCAGGAAAAUUUCCACACAUCUGCUCUUUAUGUAAGAAAGAAUGUCCUCAACUAAAGGAUUGGGUUACCCACCAGACAAGCAACCAACACCAUGCCAACUGCAACCGCCUUCGCAACCAAUACCCUCAUUGGGAUGGGGAAGUGCAAAGGGAUGAAGUUAAAAGUUCUAAGAUUUUAACUGGAGCCUCCCUGCAUCAUCGUUCUCGCUCAAACAGCGGCAGUUGUUCCAGCUCAGGAGAUGGACGAGGCAAAUCCAUCAGCCGUUCACGUUCCCGCUCAUACAGUCCACGUCAUCGGAGGAGCUCAAGAGAUGGACAGCACAAAUACAGCAGCAGAUCAGGACAUAGCAAAAACAGAUCCAGUACUGGCUCCAGUUCCUGUUCGUACAGCCCCAUCCGCCACGGCUCAAGAGAUGGAAAAAAACAAUCCAGCGGUAGUUCCUCCCAACACAGGCUGCAAUGCCGUACCUCAAGGUCUAGGUCUCGCUCUUGCUCCCCACGUUAUCGUUCUGGUUAUCGAUCACGUUCAAGAAGCUACGAGAAAUGGUCCUCACCAAAGAGAAUGAAUAAGAAAUCAAUUUCACCAAGAAGGAACCACGAACGGCAGUUGUCUAGAGGAAGAAGUUGUGAACAAAGAUCGUCACCAAGAAGUGAUCGGAAAGAGGGGUCAAAGAGAUUCCUUGAGCGCCAGUCUUCCCCAAGAAUAUAUGAUCAUAAACAAUUGUCACCAAGGCAAUGGUCACCGAGGAGUGGCUAUGCAAGACAAAUGUCCCCAAAAAGAACUGAUAAACUAUGGUCCCCAACAAGCAAUGGUGAGCAACUCUCACCAACAAGAAGUGGCAAUAGAAGACGGUCUCCAGUGAUGAGCCAUGACCAACACUCCUCUAGGUCUAAUGACAGACUGUGGUCACCACAAAGAAGGACAGAUGUUAGUACUUAUGACCAGUCUCCGCCAAGAAGGUCAGACGACAAAUACCGGUCUCCGCCAAGAAGGUCUGACGACAAAUACCGGUCUCCGCCAAGAAGGUCCGACGACAAAUACCGGUCUCCGCCAAGAAGGUCCGACGACAAAUACCGGUCUCCGCCAAGAAGGUCAGACGACAAAUACCGGUCUCCGCCAAGAAGGGCCGACGACAAAUAUUGGUCUCCGCCAAGGUACCAUGAUCGACAGUCAUCCCCAAGAAGGAAUGGUGAUAAAAGAUGGUCACCAACAAGAAAAGGUGAAUCAUUCCUUGAAAGAGAUGAGAAACAAUUCCUGUCAAACCAGAGUGACGAGGAAACGACUUCUGUAAGGAGAAACCGCAAGAGACAUGCGUCUCCAGAAAAAGAGCCGACUUGUCAGAAAAAGAAGUCCAGCAGUGUGCAGAUCCUGACAAAGCAGCUGCUGGAAAAUUCAGCUAUCAAGUCUGCCUCAGGAGAGUCCAACAUCAAAGAUGUCGUAGAUUUAGUGGUUCCUGUUUUACUGGCUGAACUUGCAAAGAAUGAGGAUUCCUCACAGUCAUCAUUAGGAUUAACCUCACAUGACAAAAGCAGGAAGGGCUUAACACAUUCAUCAAAUGGAAGACAGUUAUCACCAUCUUCCACAAAAAUACUGUCCAAACUCAAGCAGAAGCAUGCAAGAUCUUCUAAAAAGACCAAGGACAAGAAGGCCCUCUCCAUCACCUCACAACAUGGAAGAAAACAUCAUAAACUAAAAUCUGGGGACACCAAGAAACUGGGUUCAUCUGAGAGCUUGGACCUCCUUCCUAUAAAAACGCUUUUGUCUUUACAUCAGAAACUUGUGAAAAAAGCAAAACGUUUGUCUUCCAAAGGAUCACACGUCUCCAAAUCCAAAACUUACUCACAAAAAACACAGGCUUUGAAGUCGGUUGUAUCAGUAAAAGAGCAGUCGAAACAAUUGGUUUCCUUGAGGUUCAGAAGUCUGGAAACAAGGCCUCAUUUUGGCCUCCCAAAUCAAAGAAGUGGACCUAUAGUUUUCAAAAAAGAUCAAGAAGAUGCAGUUAAAGAAAAGACUAGAGUUAAAGGGAUAAGGAGGAUUAUUAUUCCUGAACCAAAUGAAGAGAAUAAAACUAUCACCAACGUAAAGCCUGAUUCUUCAAAAACAUUUGCAAGUAAACCACUGGAUAAAACUGCUGAAUGUUGCGGAGUAGCCGAACUAAUGAAAGUUGAAGAUUCUUUGGGAAAUAAACCACAAACUUCAAAUGCAUCACAGCUUCAACUGGUUGGUAAAAUGUUGACCGCACCAAAUCCACUUCAGACUCAGGAGACCCAAGAAACCUCGAGCAAACCUUUGCCAAAAGUCCAACAAAAAAUGGAUCCAGAAUCCAAGAAGUCCAAAAGCCUUGGAAAGAAUCCUGAUUCAGGUGACACAAGAGAUAAACCAGGAGGUAAUGUUUUCAGAGAAGGCAAAGGGACUCAAGUUGCAGUGAAAGAUGCAACCAACGUUGGAAAAAUAUUAAAGAACACUGUUGCUGAAGAAAACGAAGGCAAGGAAAUGGUCACAAAAGUAAAGGUCAAUGCUUCAAAAACAUCUUCAGAUGUACUGAAUCAAACUACUAAAUGUUUUGGAGUCGCUAACUUAACAAAAGUUGAAGAUUCUUUUAAAGAUGAACAGCAAACUUCAAAUGUUUUGUAUCCAGAACUGAAAAAGACUAAGCCACUGAUUGGUAAAGUGGUGACCAGACCACAUCCACUUCAGACUCAGGAGACAAUCGUCAAAACUCAAGAAGCCUCAGACAAAACUUUGCCAAAAGUCCAAUCAAGAAUGGAUCCAGAUUCCAAGAAGUCCAAACGCCUUGGAAAGAAUCCUGAUUCUGGUGGCACAAGAAACAAACCAACUAAUAAAGUUUCCAGAAAAGGCAUAGGAUCUCAAGUUGCAGUAAAAGACAGAACCAAGGUUGGAAAAAUGUUAAAGAAAACUGUUCCUAAAGCAAAGAAAGGGAAGAAAAUGGUUGCAAAAGUGAAGGUCAAGGCUCCAAAAACAUCUACAAAUAAAAAGCUGGAUGAAACCACUAGAUGUCUCUCAGAAGGUAAAGUGGGAAAACUUUCAAAAACGGCAUUUGGAAACUUUAGUAAAUGUGAUCAAGCAAACGUCAAAGAAUCUGAACCCUCCCUUUCAGUGGCGGUUAUUACAUCCACAAUACCAGCGACGGAAAACAGUCCAGGUGAUUGUCAGAUUUCAAAACCUGAGAUUGCUAAAGCAAAGACCUUACAAUUUAACACCAAUAAAAGUCAAUUACAAAUCAGCCAAGAAAAAGAAGAAACUUCAUCUAGGGACAUAAAUGUGUCAUCCAAGCUGACGUCGUCAGAAAACCUCUCUGCGGUUUGUCAAACCCUAAGAACAGACAGUUAUGAAAUAAAGGUUGACAAAUCUGCCUUCCUCUCAAAAGACACUGCUUGGCAGGCAAAUGUUUCCACAGCUGAAAUAAACAUGCAGACAGAAGCUGAACCUGAACAUCCUCAACUAGGCAGUGAAGUUAUCACCGCUGCACAUAAACCUGCUGAUCCAAAGAUGAGUCAACAGACAACAACAACUCAAGAAACUUCUGACCUGGCAGCGCUAAACCUGAAGACCAAUGGCAAACAGCUGGAGGUUCAACUGCAGUCUGCAGGAAGCUCUGCUGAGACACCUUUGGAUUCAUCGCAAAAAACUGGAGGGGAGGAGAAAAAUAAUCAAAAAGUUGAUGUUCUGACCCAGAAGAACCCGAUCGCCUGUUUUCCAAACGUAGCAGCAGCUGCUGCUCCGAACCACGUUGAGUCCUUAUUGGUGACUGUCGGCGAGAAGAUUGGGUAUUACUUGAAGCCACACGAUUUCAAGUGUGUUCCUGCAGGAAUCAUCCUGUCGUCCAAAGUUUACGCUCUCAACUCAACACUGCUGCUGAUAACAAACCUUCCUGUGGACUAUAGCGGCUCCUACACGGAGGAGGAAGUUGUAAACGUGCUCCGUAAAUUUGAAUUUCAAUACGCACACGACAACAUCUACGUUAUCCCUCAGACAGGCAUGGCUUUUGUGCUCAUGCCAAAUGUGCGGUCAGUAAUCGGCCUCAUCAUCGCAGCAGUCCACGGCCAUCUCUCUUUCAGAUCGAAGAAACUCUUCUUGCAGAUCGUGGAAACAGACAUGCUAAUGACACCACUUGGGUUUUAUAAAUCUCUCACCGGACUAACGCCUCUCACCAUGAGGGACGAUGGAACCAGUAUAAUCUACAUCCAGAACAUUUCGCCAAGCGACGUCGCUGAUCUCAGGAAAGCUUUGAGAAAAAUCGGUCGUGUGAGAAACUUCCUGCCUCUGCUCAACAAGGUUUUUGUUGAAUUCGAGACGGUUUACGAUGCAGAUCGCCUCGGCGUUUGGUGCAGCUUGAUGAGACUGGGUUUCAUCCACACAGUCAACAGGCUGAAAAUACCAAGAAGCCUCAAGAAAUCACAACCACCAAAGCUGCCGCUGAAAGCUCUGCCAGACGGUGAGAAGAUCUUACCUGACGCUGGAAUCCCAGAUGUGAAAUCUGGCGUUCCUCAGGGCACCACGGCGCCGUGUUGGGUCACCAUGAUGACGCCGCCCUACGUCUUCCCAACUGUGUGUCCCUGGUUUAACAUCCCCAGUUUUCUGACGGUCCAAGAAGGAGAAGAUAUUUUGACGACUCCCCACCCAGGCUCUGAGUUCUUCACCGUCAUGCUGACGGGUUUACCAGAAGGAAAAUACAAACAUGAGGACGUAACGAAGCUGGUGUGGCGUUAUUUCCCCAAACAGAGCCUGCAGACUCUCUACUACAACAUUUUGGCGCUACCGCUGCAGAGGAGGGCCUUUGUGUUCUUCUGCGACUGGGAGGCAUGCCGCAGUUUUGUCUCAGAUUGUGUGAAAAAGCCGGUUUCUGUCGGGAACUGCACUCUGAGCGUCCACUUGGUGCUGGAGGACAUGUAUCCUGGAUCCAGUGAGGAAACGAUGUACAGGACUCUGAUGAAAUGGACGAAUGGUUACGUUCCGGAGCUUUUCUUCCUGGAGAAGCGUCUGGUCAGCGUGGAGAUCUAUGAAGCGAAUACGAAUCUCAUCGAGAGCAUCAUUAAGGAAGUCGCUGCCAUCGACAGUUUUAUCAACUUCGUGCCGCUCACCAACAGGAUUUGCAUCGAAAUGGUUUCUCCCAGUUGUGCUGCCAAGGUGCUGCAGGAGAUGUCCUUGAAGAAAGUUUUGUCUACGUAUCUCUGGGGAAAGAUUGGUCGUGUUGAGAGUGUGAAGGAUCUAAGUCAGCGUCUGGAAGAGGCCGGUGAGAUCAAGAUAAACCUCGAGGCGAAGCCGUCAGCGGCCAGCGGUCAGCCUCCGGCCUUGAAAACUCUGGUGGAUUUACCGAUCUCUGAAGUUGCAGAAGCUAAUUCUGCCGCGCCGCCGACUUUAAUCGAAUCAGCAGUUUCUAAAUCCGAAUCAAAGCUGGAGGAAGAACUGUCUGGACCUCCUGAUGUCGUCCUGGACUCCAAAACUGAAGCAAAUAAAACGGAGGAAGAAUGUCAACCCUGCAGGGAGAUUUCAUCUGCAGCAGAAGACGCUGUCGGCUGCACACCGUAUCCCGAUGAGACGAUCCAAACGGAUCCACCUUCCAACGCCGUCGGCGCCGUUCCAGACGAGUCCACUGAAACGUCUCCAUCCGUCCAAACGGAGGCAGCAGCCCAGGAAAUGGUCAUAGAACAACCAGAUUCCUGUCUCACUGCCGGGGAGAGGAUAGGAAGUUUACUGCAGCCAGAAAAAAUCUGUUGUCUUGGUCAUAGCAUCAUCAUGUCCCCAAAACCGUUUCCCCUUCAGUCGAGGCUUUUGUUAGUAACCAACCUGCCACCGUAUCGGGACGCCUGCUACUCUGAGGGGGACAUCAGCAACCUGCUGCACAGAUUUGGGUUUCAGCACGAGGACAAAAGCAUCUUUGUGGUUCCUCAGGCCUGCAUGGCGUUUGUCCUCAUGGAAAGUUACCAGAAGGCACAGGAAGUUUUCAUAGCUGCGAAGGAUAGUUUGACUCUGAAUGGAUGUAAACUCUCUGUUGAGAUCAUCAGCAGUGGGGUCGUCAUGACAACGUUUGGAUUUUAUAAAUCUCUAAUGGAAAUGAUCGGUUCUCCGGUCACCGACGACGGAACCAGAACCGUUUACAUCCAGAACGUCUCACCAAGCGAGGCCCGGGAUCUCAGGGAAACUUUGAGGAAAAUGGGCUCUGUCAAAAACUUCCUUCCUCUCCUCAACAAGGUGUUUAUCGAGUUUGAGUCCGCGGCUGAUGCUGAUCGGAUCGGGGUUUGGUACAGCCUGCAGAGACGCUGCCCUGCUCAUAACGUCUCCAGGAUAAAACCUCCCCAGACCGACGUCACAUCAUCGACACCACACCUGGCAGCUACAGCAGCGCCGGAAAGCAAAGAUGUCGUCGCCGGGCCGAUCGUCCCGCCGAUGAAUACCAGCAUCCCAGAGGGCAGCUGGGCACCAUUUUCAGUCGCCAUGACAACCGCUCCCUUCCUCUUCCCAACGGCGUCGCCUUGGUUCAUCAUUCCAAAAUUUAGGACGAUUGUUAAAGAGGAGGACUUGUUGGCAUCCGUCUCUGUGGCCUGUAAGUUUUCCACCGUCAUGUUGACGGGUUUACCCGAAGGAAACUACAAACACGAGGAUGUCGCCAAGCUGGUGUGGAAAUAUUUCACCAAGCAGAAUCUCCAGACUCUGUUCUACAACAUUGUGGUUCUGCCACUGCAGAAAAGGGCUUUUGUGUAUUUCAACGACUGGAGAUCAUGUUACAACUUUGUUCAAGAUUUCCUCAAGAAGGGAGUUUCCUUUACAAGCCACAAGCUGCACGUCCACCUGGUCUUGGAGGAGAUGAAUCCUGGAUCCAGUGAGGUAUGGCGGUCAGAGAGGUGGAAGGGGUCAGCAAAGUGGCAUUUGUCUUUAAUUGUAGCAUAUAGAGCAAUUAAAUGAAAAAAGGCAAAAAAAAAAUAUUGAGAAUACAGAUCUGGUGUUAAGAUUUUGGAUGAGUUAAAUAAGGGUAAAUUCAGCAACUGGCUAGCUACCCAAUAAAUACACCCACAAACAAAAACAGAAAAGAGGGUCAACUAGUGAGAUUCAAGAAUAUAAAAAACUAAUGGCAAGCUACCAAAAAAAACCUUAUUACUUGGUCAAAUCAGAAAUUUGUUUUAAUCUUUAUCUUAUCGUCAAUUUGUGACAUUUAUCUUAC